AUGCUCGUCAGUCCUGGGCGGCAAUGGGAGGACUGGCAAAGCAAGCCGUCGUUGGAGAAGUAUAUCGAAGAGAAGCGGUCGGAUGAGAGACAAUUAUGGUUGCACGUUACCAGGAGGUGGACGCAGGAUCUGAAGAAGGUCCGAGUCUUGGUCCCCGAGGAAGACGGGCUCGGGUUGCUGGGUUGA